UAAAAUUAUUCUUUCUACUUCUUGUUUUAUUAAAAGUUGAACUUGUCAUUUUCAUUUAUUCUUUCUUUAGUCAGUAUUUAAUACUCUCUUGAGUUCGUCCAACACUUUUUAACUUCUCUCAAAGAAUAACUUAAUUUCCAGCCAUCCAAAAAGUUUUGUUUUUCCUACAAGAGUAUCCAGUGGCAAAAAGAAGGGACAUUUUAAGAAUUUUGUGGGUAGACUUUGUGUAAAUUUAUUGGAGUGCUUGUUGAGUUGUUAAUUUGAAAAUUCCAGUGCUCAUUUUUGGAAGUUAUCUUCUAAUGGACAAAAGGUCUUGAUGCGGAACUUCAACCUGAAACAAAACCCCUACUUCUUGUGGCCGAUGGCAACACCAACCAAGCUGAAUGAAUUUAAGCUCUCUAUUAAUAGCAUUUGUAAUAUUAAUAAUCUAAAUUUAACACAUCAAAUAUGGAUUCAACUCUUAUUAAAAGUGGAGAAAAUGUGGACACUAAUGACUCAAAUUUUAACAAAACACUAUAUAAAAAAGAGAAUUCUAAUAAUAUAAAAUGUAGCAAUAAAAAUAAACCAACUUACCAGGCUAGCAACCGUAGCUUAUCCUCAUCCUCUUCUUCAAGCAGUGGAGCUCCCGAAUCCUCUCUACCACCCCCUCCUGAUGGCGGUUGGGGUUGGGUUGUUGUGUUUGCUUCAUUUAUGAUUAAUUUUAUUGCCGAUGGAGUGUCUCUCUCAUUUGGGAUAUUAUUUGUUGAUUUUAUUAAUUAUUUCGGUGAAAGCAAAGCCAAAACAUCAAUGGUAGGCUCGAUUUUCCUUAGUAUGCCAUUGUUAGCUGGUCCCGUUGCAAGUUAUCUCAUCGAUCGUUAUGGUUGCCAAAGAAUGUGCAUUUUGGGAGCGCUGCUCUCCACCAUUUCAUUUGUCAUCAGUGUUUGUGCUGAUUCCCUGGAAAUCCUAAUUUUGACUUUCACUUUAGCUGGUAUUGGCCUCGCUCUCUGUUAUGUUACUUCUAUUGUAGUAGUUGCUUAUUACUUCGAGAAGAAGAGGUCUCUUGCAACGGGCCUCGCUGCUUGCGGAACAGGCAUUGGUAAUUUUGUAUUCCCUCCAUUAACUCGAUACCUUAUAGAGCAAUACGCUUGGCAAGGCACACUUUUGAUAUUAUCAGGUUUCUUUCUCAAUAUGAUCGUAUUUGGAGCUCUUAUGCGAGAUUUAGAAUCACCUGCUGAUGAGGAGAAUGACAAGGCUGAUGACUCAUCUGAAAGCUGCAACUUGGACAACACCGAGCGAUUGUGUAGUUCCAUGGUUCAACUGCCCACGUAUCUUAGUAAUAACUUCCCUGAGGUGAUCUCUGAGCUGUCCAGUAAAGAAGGCUCGCAUCUCAACUCUCUGCUGGAACAGCACCCAUACAUCCUCGAUUCUUACGUGAAAAAAUAUUCUAUAGAUUCGACUGAAUCGUCGUUAGCCCAAGAAAAAGGAGAAAAGGCUUUGAAGAAGAAAACUCGCAAAGAUCUCGCAAAAACUUUUUCAAAUUCAUCAACCAGGGAAUCGUCAGUUCCUCCAAGGCUUGAUGCCGCUUAUCUUCACAAAAUAAGGCUUCAAAGAGGUAGUAUUACUUACAGAGGAGCCAUGUUAAAUAUCCACCGUUAUCGCUUAAAAGCAUCAAGUUGUCCAGAUAUUUAUCGAAACAGCAUGGUCACUAUUAAUGAGGAAAAAGGAUGUAUGUUUCUUGAUGAUUUGAAGAUUCUUAUUUGUGAAAUGUUCGAUUUUACGAAUUUCAAAAAUAUUGGAUACACAAUAUUUUGCCUGUCUAACUUCUUUCUGUAUGCUUGCGUUGAUGUUCCGUAUGUCUACAUACCAGAUCAUGCUGUGAAUAGUGGCACUGAUAUGAAUGAUGCUUCGUAUCUAAUAUCAAUUCUAGGUGUUCUGAACUGCUUAGGUGUGGUAACGGUUGGAUAUAUUGGAGACAAGCCUUGGAUUGACUCAACACUCCUAUAUAGUGGUUUCAUAUUGCUCAGUGGUCUAUCAUUAGCCUUGUUACCCAUUGUAGCAAAUUAUUAUGUGAUAGCUUCUCUAGUUGGAAUUUAUGGUUUUACAAUCAGUGCAAAUUAUACUCUUGUACCUGUAAUCAUUGUAAAUCUGAUUUCACUCGAUAACUUCACUGGAGCAUAUGGACUGUUAUUACUUGUUCAAGGCAAAGCUAGCUUAAUUGGACCUCCUGUGGCUGGAUGGCUGUUUGAUGUAACUGGAAAUUAUGACAUCACUUUCUACGUCACAGGAUUACUGAUUAUGCUUUCUGGAGCAAUGGUUAUUCCGGUUUCAAAAAAUCUUUGUAGAAAAGCAUCGCCAAUCAGCAGCAAAAGCUCUAUCAGAUCUGAUUCUCGUAAAGUAAAAUUCCAAGAUAAUCCAGGAAAUGUUGAUAAUGUUUUAGAAGGUAAACUUGAAAAUCGUCUAAAUGACAAAAAAGUUUACAAAUCAAAGGAAACCGGUGAUAACACUACACCAUUAUUAUCUACCAAUAAUAAAGAAAUAUGCAUUGAGAAAUGUAAUGGUAAUGGCAGUAAAUCCAUUUCGGUUUAUGAAAAUCCUCUUUCUUUAGUCUAAAAUAUAAUGGUUAUGUAUUUUAACCUAAAGACUUUGAUUUAUUCUCUAUUAUAUGAAAUAAAUAUAUAACCACUAAGUUUUAUUUACAUUCAUUGAUUAUAUUUGUUGCCAUUCGUAUUCAUAUAUUUUGUUAUUGUUUUGUAUUUGUUUAUUUGUGUACUUAUAGUUCACUUGAACUUGAAUAAACACAGUGACAUUAGAGUAAGUAUUUUUUGAUGAAAGUUGUAUUAUUUUUCAAAAGUGUUGUUGAAACAUAAGGCAUCGAAGAUCUUGCUUUUUCUUAUUAAUUUCAUAUAUUUUAAAAUGCACUCAUAUUUAUCCAGUGUUUUAAUAAUGUAGGUGUUUGUUCUGUAUUUUAAUCAUUGUUUGUUAUCGCACAUAAUAUCUAAAAGCUUGCAAAUAAUAGUUUACCCAUUUUCAAAAGCAUUUCAUGUAUCUAAGGUAAGCAGUUUUAUUAACAUUUCGUCAUAAGUAACAUCUUCAAUCUAAACUAGCUGUUUAUUAACGCUUCGUCAUAAGUAUAAUCAUGUUCUUUAUAACAUAACUGUAAUCAUGCCAUAAUAAAAACAUUAUUAUGAAUCAGUGUCUAUUUUUAGUAAUUUUAAUUAUCUUAAAACAAUUUUAUUUUAGAUAAAAAUUUUAUUAUUUCCUUUUUUUAUAUUUUUUUAGUGACAACUUAUUUGUAUUUGAGUAAAAAUUGCCUUAUAAGAAUAAUUAUUCAUAUUUUUAACUAUCUGUAUUUAUUUAUGCUUAAAUUUUCAAACCUGGAAGAUUUAGUUCAAAAAAUUAACAUUCUAUGUUUCAAGAAAGGAAGUUUUAGAACUAUUAUAUUUUUGUAAACCUUAUUUGAAGAAUAUUUAUUAACAAAGUUGUAUUUAUUUGAAUAGAAAUAGCAAUAAAAUUUAAGUUGCCUAUGCUUUUUCAUAUAGUAAUAGAAUUAGGUUCAAUUUUGAAUAAUACUUAGUACAAAGUUCUAAGACUUUUUAAAUCAUUAUAACUUGAAUUCUGUUUGAAAUGUAAUAAUUUUGAGCAAUUUUAAUUUCCUCGUAAAUUUAUAAUGUUUCUACAGAACUAUAGUUAGUCAAAACUGCAUGAGCUGGUCUAUUUUUUAAAUGUCACUUAAAUUCAUGCUUAAGCAGUUAAAUAAAAGCUGCAUUUCCUAAAUAUAAUGCGAUGUUUGCUACUUAACUUUGCAAUAACAAUCUCUGUGAAUGCCUUUUUAUAGGUAUUCCCUUUGUGAAUUAAAUCUGAAUUUAUUGUUAUUGAUGUGAGCUCUAUUAUUUUGUGAUAAUCAUAGUGAAUUAAAUCAUCUAGUCUUCUUCGUUAUUCAAAUGGCUGUGCAAUUUUUACAGGGUUGCAUUUUCCUAAUUGUAAAGUUCAAUGUUUUAUUCACUUCACCUUACUGAUACUUAAAAACAAGCACGAUUACAUUUUUUUUCAUCCAUUUGAAUGUACAAUGUAAAUGUACAAGAAUAAUUUUUUUUAGAAAACUGAAAGAUAUUUUUAAAUAAUAUCAAGAUUGAAUUGUUAUACAUAAUUAUCUAUAAUAUUGAACCAAGCAGGUUAAAAAUGGAAUUUCUUGAACAUAAAAUAGCUCUUAUCUCUACAAUUACACGGAUAAAAUCUUCUAUAAAUCCUAUGUAAAGUGACUUACUCAUAAAAAUAAGGAUUCUAUACUCAUUGUUUACAAAAAUUGCAUUCUGAGAAAUAUAUAUCUUGAAUAUUAAUCUUUUCAUGUAAUUCUUGUUUUGAGUUUUAUCUUUCAUUACAUUUUUACACGAGUUCAUUACAUUUUUGCAGGAGUUCAUCAAAAAGCUGUAAAUAGAAUGCUAUUAAUUUUUUGGGGGAGAUAUAAUAUAAAAUUUAAUAAAUGUUUCAUUUAAUUACUAUUGAUAAGUUAUAAAUUAUAUCAGCUAAAAAAUUUUAUUCUGAAUCAGAAUUCAUUAUUAUACAUUCCAAUAAAUUUGCUCAUAAAUUUGUUUUUUAUUUUAUUAAUGUGAAUUAAUAACUAAAUAUUGUUUUCAGGAAUUAAAAAUUUUUUCAAUAGUAUUUUCACGAAUAAUAUUCUAGGGUUUAAUGAUAAUUAUAUAUUAUUUAGUGAUAAUAUAUGGGAAUUAUAGUUUUUUCACCCAAUUUUUUUUAUGCAAAAAAUAAAAGGGCAAGUGAAUUUAUUCAUUUUGUUCAUUUCUAGUAAAAGUGAGGCCAUUACCAUUAUCCUGAUUACUAUAAAUAUAUAUUGGGAGAAAAAUCUAUGUAUACCUAAUUCAGAUUCUAUGUGCAUAAUUUUUUAAAAAUUAUAUAUGAUUAAUCAUGUAAUUACUAACUUAUAUCCACAUAAUUUAUUAUAUUGGAUUAUUUUUCAUAGUUAUACUGUAAGAUUUUCAAGCAUAUCCUGAAUUUAAAUGAAAAAUAUAUUUCUAUAAAAGUAACCUUUAUUAUUUUGUUUAAUUUCUUGUAAAAUAAUUUUUUUUUCUUUGAGUUUUUAUUAUAUGCUGCUUACAGAGUAAUUCACAUCCCAGUUAAUGCCUGCUUGGUAAAAUACUUAUUGAUUAUUGUAUAAGUGUCUUAAUGGAACUAACAGUCUGUGAUGUGUAAAGAUUAAUAACUGUGCAUUUAAUGUGAAUUGUGAUAUAUUUACUGCAGUUUUGAAUCAUUAUUUUUUAGUGUAUAUUUUUCAGUAUUUCAUUUUAGUAAGCUGAUAACUGUAAAAAAAUCUACCUAACAAAACAUAAUUUGGCCUAAGUCAAAACAAAAAAGGAAAAAAAAAUGUUUAACUUUGCACCUACUAUAUGGAAUCUACACAAAUUUCAAAUUUGGGCACUAUAAUAGCCUUUCUUUCAGGUGCAGUAUUAAUUUUUUUUAUGUUUAUGACAUAUGUAUGAAUCUAAUAAUAAAAUGCUCAAAAUAUUAUAGUAUAAUUAAUUAGGGUUUGAUUUGUAUAAGAACAAGGUUUAUCCAAGCUUAUUAAUCUAAACAGUGUUAAAAAUUGUUUAUGUUAAGGAUAAAUCUUAAAUCAUUUUAACUAUAUGCACAAUAAAUGCAAAAUUUAAAAAAAUAACUAAUGUUACUUUUUGAGUUGAUUCAAUUUUUAUAACUAAGGUAGGAUUAAUUAAAUGACAGAAUGCUUUUUGGUAUGAUUUUAAAUUAACAAUAGCAAUUUUAAGAAAAAAAUUGCAUUUAUUUUAAGUAUUAUUGAACUAGAUAUCUAAAAUUUACUUUUAAAGGUCAAUCCCUAAUUAGUAGUUCUAAUUAUAAUCUUUAUUAAUAGAGUUAAUUAUUAGAUAUACUUUUCAUUGAUUACUUAAAAUUUAUGCUGCAAUUUAUCAUUGUUAUUAGCUGUAAUUUUUAUUUUUUUGUAAUUUGAGAAACUGGAAAUGUUUUAUUUUGAAGAUUAUUUUGUUUUAUUUUGAAGAUUAUUUUGUUUUUUGAUCUGAUAUUAUUUUCUUAUUUUUAUUUUGUUGUGAGAUUUUUUUUUCACUUCUAAAUGAUUUGAAAAAAAUAUAGAAUUCAUUUUUGUAGUAUGUUGGUCUUAACCGCAAUGCUAAUAAUUUAUAACCUAUUUGUGAAACUUCUGUCAGUUUUUCAGGUACUUAAAAAACUUUUCAUUUGCUAUUUUCUUUUUAUUGUAUAGGUGCCAACUUGUAUGAUUUUUGAAAAAGAUUUGUCAGAACGAAUGUUAUAAUUAUAGUAGGACGUUUUAAGAUAUAAAAAUUAAGAUAUUUUGCCAAUAUUUAAAAGAAUAAUAGAAUAUUUAAAAGAAUAAUAGAUAUUUCUUAAAUAUGUUUGAUUUAGGUAUUAAUUUUAAAAGCCAAGAUUUAUGCAAAAAAAAAAGUGUUGGUAUCUCAAAAAUAUUUUCAUCAACAACCAUAGCUGUACAUGUUGGCAGAUAUGUUAUUGUAUAUUUAGUACUUAUUUGUAGUAUGUUAAAACAUGACAUUUCACUUAAAUCAUGGAUCUGAAUAAUAAUUUUUUGAGCAUGUACUGAAUUUAUUUUAUUACAUUUUAUGUUUCAAUCCUUACUGCAAUCUGUUAGAUUUCGAUUCCUAAUUGAUUCUAAGAAUUUUUUUAUAUAUUUUCUUGGUGGUUUUAUAUUUAACAUUGGACUUAAAAGUUUCUCCUUUUUUUUCUUUAAAAUGUUUUUCUUAAAUUUUUAUGAAGAAAAAAAAAAUAUUAUAAGUAAACUUGCUUUAUUGUCUAAAGUUUUACAAAAUAUUCAAUCUUUUGUUUAUUGUAAUUAAAUUAUUUAUAGGAAGUAAUAAAAAAUUGUGGUUUCACAAAUAAAUGAGAAUACAUAUUUUGUGAAAAAGACGUAACAAAACUAUAUGCUCUAUUCUAUGCUGAAAAAUGAAGAAGACAUUACUAAUGCUACUUAAUUCAUAUAAAUCUAAUUAAAAUAUAUAAAACUUGAAAAAUAAAGAUUAUCAUGAUUUUAAAACACCUGUGUCAGACUAUCCUUUAUAAUUAAUAUUCUAGUACUAUGAUAACUGUACUCAAGAACUGGGGAAACAGAUUUGAAUGCAAUUUUCUACUUGCAGAAUCGUCAACAUGUUUGCAUUUCAAGUACAAAAAUUGCUCUGUAGCAAAAAUUGCUCUGUGCAAAUGUGCAAAGUAUUAUUAUUCCAUAUCAGUUUUUCAAAAAAUUCUUUUUUAGCUACUAGUAAUAAAAAAUCAAACACUUUGAUAAUGUAUUCAUACGAAGUAAAAUUUUUAAAGCAUUCAUAUUUCUGUUUUGAAAUCCAUGUUCAUAAUCUUUACUAUGUCAGCUAUUCUUACAAUUCAAUACAAUGUCCUGCAUAGAGGAAUAAUGUUAUAAAAUAAUUUAAGAAUUCAUUAUCAGAAAAAUUGAUUGACUAUUCUUUAAAGUGUGCCAAAUUAUUUGUUUGGUCUAUUUUGCCUAACUUCAUUGAAAUUUUUAUAAAUUGUUUUGAAGUAGAAUUUUGUAAUGAUCGUAUUUUUUUGGAGUAUUAUAAGAGAUUUUCAUUCACUAUGCUGUAGAGUUACCAAAUUUAAACUUGUUGAAGAACAGAUUUUAAAACUGAUGUUAUGCAAAAAUUAAUUUUUUAAUCUUUUAAACAAUUGACUCAAAUAUCUAUACUAUCACCUUAAAUUAUGAAAUAUAAUGCUUAUAAAAUAUAAUGAUACUGCUAAUUGACGGAUAAAAAACAUUCUCUAUUUCCGAAAUAAACAGUACCAACUCAAAAGAUGUACAGAAUGUUCUAAAAAAUAAAUUUUCCUUUCUUAAAAUUUUUGAUUGUGUUAUAAUUUUGUUAUCCUUAUUGCAUUUGAAUUUAACUUAUUAGAUAAAUACUUUAAAGCUUAGCUUAUAUUUAACUUGUUCAAAAAGACAUCUUCGAGCUCAAAUGUUUUACUUGUGUAAAAGUCAAACCUCCUACUUAAAUUACAAUUUUGUUCAGAAAGUCUACUUAUAUUCACUGAAAAAUGUGAUAUAUCUUUAACUCAAAUGGAAAAUAAAAUGCAACGAGAAUUACUAUUCUUUUUUUUUUUUAUUAGUCAGUAUUUUCAUUAAUAAUGAGCAUUUAUGAAAUUGUUAGGUUGACACCAGUUUUUAAUUUAUUUAAAAUAGAAAAUAGUAUGUUUUAUUAAUUUUCAAACAUUACUUUGACUAUUGAUUCAAACAUAAAUUACCGUUUCUUUUUUUUUUUUUUUUCCUUAAAUUUUGAUUGAUUAUUAUGAAAACGUGUAUGUGUAUAUUUGUUAUUCUCUACUACAGUAUUUUACAUUCUCAUAUUUUAAAUUUUUUCAUUAUUUACUUAAAAUUAAAUUUAGUCAUCUUAACAUCUUACUUUUUUGUUGUUGGCUACUACCAUAAAUAGGAAACUUAGCAUUUUGAUUAUCUAUAGGUAUUUAGUAAUAGUAUCUAAUAAUUAACCUACUGUUACAUAAUUUUUAAAAUAUGGUCCGUUUAACAAGAUUGUUUAAAAUAAUAUGUAAAUACUACAAGAAUUUUAUGUGAUUGAAAAGUAUUGUAUCAUGACCUAUAUUAGGCCUGGCAUGUGUGUAUGUGAAUUCUGGUGAGAAUUCUUUGGCCCUUGUACCAAAGAUAUUAUGUGGCUUGUAUCAACCCAACCUGUUUAAAAAGUUUAUUUUUGCAUUAUUAUGUCCUCUACUGCUGAUGAAAUAAGAGUGUUGGUCUGGUA